CGCUGCGGAACCGGCUCUCCGUCCUCGUCGCUGUGCAAAGGCACGUGCUCUCCAGCAGGCCUCGCCUCCACUCCUCGAUCAGCGGUCCGCGGCGCCGUGAUCUACGACCGGCGAGCUAAAAUCUCCAAACACAAAAUUGUCUCCUUGCGAAGCAUGUAAUUGUCACCGAGCUCCCCCCGACGUCUCAGGACCGCCAAUGAGCCGAUUUUCACUCAGUGCGGGUUUCCUACCCCAAAACCCCCUAUUAGCCAGUUUGAAUUGGACAGGCUCUGACGCCCAAAUUGUAAGCUAUUGGGUCACAACAAGGCUCCCUAGCAACGUAACUGCGGGAAUCCCAGCCCUGCUGAUCGAUACGGUUGAAUUUGAAGAAUGGCCGCAGCCCUCACGCCGCCGCCGCGCCCGCCGACGGACCCCGUACCGCAACUCCGGCGCGCCAUGCUCCUGAGGGGCGGCGCGGCCUGCGCCGGCCUAGAUGAUGGCACGUGCCUCGUCCUCACGCCCGACGGCCGCGGCCUCACGGUCGUCGCCGCGGCCGACGACGGCAACGAGGCCGUCGCGCGCCACGCGACGCGCUACUGCCUGUCGAGAUAUAGGCCGGCCUGCGCGAAGUUGUUGGGUCUCAGAAACGCCUUGGGGGACCACGCGCCCUUCGUUGCGAAGCGCCUGAUGGAGCGAGCGGCGCCGCACGCGCGGCGCGGGCCGCGGAUGGCGCGCUGGCGGCCCGAGGAUGGUUCUUGGACGGCCGACGGCGGCCACGCGAGCUGCGAAGGCGACGCCUUCGGGGCGAGCGCUCUCCUGAAAUACGUGCACGACGCGCCGGCCGAGGACGAGUUCGAUUCAUACACGCGCGUCGCCUCCGAAAAGCUCUUGCGGCCGGCUUCAUCAUCUUUAGCGGCGUGCGUCUGUCAGGGCACGGAAGUAGAUCUGCCGCUCGUCGAGGCGCUGCCGACGCCAUUCACAAAUAAGGAAGAGGGCCCCUCUCUCGACCCGCGGCAGCUCCUCGCCAUCCUGGGGGGCGACGGCGCCUACUUCGCGGACGUCCUCUGCGACGUCGAGUGCGGCGCGGGCUUCACGCUGACGCGGCUCGGCGACCGCGUCGAGGCGCGGCUCCACCCCGGCGCGGCCUUUGACGCAGAGGCGGCCUUCCGCGCCGACGCGCUCAUUGUGUUGCGGGGCCGCGACUGCGCGUUGCGCCGGCGCGGCGCCGACGACGUGGACCGGACGCUCGUCGACGCGCUCGCGUCCACCGAGAUGCGGGCCCUCGCGACGAAGCUCCUGCCCCGCGUCGACGCCGGCGCCGCGGCGGCCCUUUUACAAAGUUGCGGCCGCCGGCUGCAGCGCUUCGCGGCGCAGCACCACUUCCUCCAGCCGCUCGCGCCGCCGUCUUCCCGGAACCGACUCAACGCGCACGUGAAAGCAAGGGACCAGCGCGGCGCCGUCGCGCUGACGCUCUUCGAGGACGGGCGCGGCCGGGCCCUCGACCUCGAGCGGGAGCCCGCCGUCGUCGUCGAGGCGUCGGCGGACGGCAAGGAGCUCCAGAUUCUGCGGGGCGGCGACGCGUACGGCGCGCCCGGCCAGCGGCCGCCCAGGGACCUCGUCGAGCUCGUGAAGACGCUCCGGGACUUCCAGCGCAUGCAGGCCCUCGACCCCGACGCCCAGGCCGCUCUGCUCGCGCAGCGCGCGCGGGGCAAGCGCGACGCGGCGGCGGCCGCGGCGUCGUCGCGGCGCUUCGCCGUGCGCGUCCGCGGGCCCGCGGCGCCGGCACCCGCGAAGAGGAGCGUCGACGGGCGCGUCGCCGCGGCGCUGGCGGCGACGGGCGCGUUCCUGCGGCGGCUGCGGGAGUAAUAUCCAAAGCCACAAGCUCUAUACUAAGUUAGGUCCCGGCGGGCCGCGGGCCCC